GUCUUCACCCCGGCCAGCACCACCGCCUCCCCCGGCGACGUCCUCAUCUUCUCCUUCCUCUCCGGACCGCACGACGUCGCACAAUCCUCCUUCGACUCCCCCUGCCACCCCGCCCCAAAUGCCUUCUAUAGCGGCCUCGUUUCUUCCGCCUCCGACCGCACUUUCCGCGUCGAGGUCAACUCCUCCGAUCCGAUCUUCUUCUACUGCGCCGUCGCGGGACAUUGUCAGGCCGGGAUGGUCGGCGUGGUUAAUCCGCCGCCGGGGCAGGCGGGGGACGCGUUGACGAGGAGGGCGAGAGGGGAGGGGAGAUCGGGGACGCCGGAUGAGGUCAGUGGCGGG